CGCCAAUCGUUGUGCCGCCAUUUUGUUUUUCAGUUGGUGUUCACAGUGAGGCGUGCGCGUGUGGUAUUAUUUGGUUCACUGCGGUUAAUAAUAGAUUAAAUACGCGUCAAUUGUUUUGCUUUCAUUGUACACGCCAUAGAGAUCAUCAUGUCAGAUCGAGAGAGGAGUCGCUCGAGGACUCGGAACGGUUCCCGCGAGGCUGAACCUAAACCACCGACGAUGUCACGGGGCCACAGCCGAAGCCGGUCUCGGACGCCGCCCCCGCCAAAAGCUUCGAGCAGGAAGUAUAGAAGCCCCUCACGCUCCAGGACGCGCUCGCGCUCGGGCUCGGCGCGGCGCGGCUACCGCGCGCGCUACUCGCGCAGCCGCUCGCGCAGCUACUCCCCGCGCGGCUCCUACCGCCGCUCCACCAGCCACAGCCCCAUGUCGUCGCGCCGCCGCCACCAGGGGGACAGGGUGAGGGUUGCUUCAUAUGAAAACCCGACGCCGUCGCGGUGCCUGGGGAUCUUUGGGCUCAGUUUGUACACUACCGAACAACAGAUCAAUCACAUCUUUGCUAAAUAUGGACCGGUGGAGAAAGUGCAAGUUGUCAUAGAUGCUAAGACCGGGCGAUCGCGAGGCUUCUGCUUCGUAUACUACGAGUCCCAGGAAGACGCGAAGGUGGCCAAGAACGAGUGCACCGGCAUGGAGAUAGACGGGCGCCGCAUCCGAGUGGACUUCUCCAUCACGCAGCGCGCGCACACGCCCACGCCGGGCAUCUACAUGGGCAAACCUACCGUGAGCGGUCGUGGUGAUAACGGCUACGAAAGGCGAGGGCGAGGGGGGGAUAGAGACGACUACUACUACCGCGGCGGCGGCGGCGGCGGCGGCGGCGGCGGCUACCGCGAGCGCGACUACUACCACCGCUCGUACCGUCACCGCUCGCCCUCGCCGCACUACCGCCGCUCGCGCCGCUACGAGCGCGAGCGCGAGCGCUCCUACUCGCCGCGUAUUGAAACAAGAAGUAAAGGAUGAAGUUCCUUGAAACUAACUGUGUUGAAGUUUUGAAAAUGUUUGAUUGAAAAGUCCUUUCGAAAUGGAAAAUCCCGACCGGUUGGUGGGUGCCGAGACAACAGCUCGGUGCCGAAGCGAAGCUUUCGGAAAAUGUUGGCAAAUGUCGAAGCGAAAAGAAUAUGAUCAAGUCGGCGGCGUAAAGUAGGCAGCGACACUGGCGGGAGCGCAGAUCAUAUUCUUAUCAAACGACAACUAACUAUCAAGUCUAAGCAUCCACUUCUUUAACCUACUUUUCAACGUGAUCUUUUUGCAUUUUUUUCAGAGACAUAGUAUGUAUUUAAAUAUAAUUAUAUAUCGAAGUAUUGAAUAUGAGUAAUAUGACAUCAUAUUUCACAUUCUCUAGUGUAGACUUGUGUUGUGAGCGACUUGUUAAUAAACAUUAGUUUUGUAAUGUCA